AUGGGGCGACCGCUCGCCAUCCCCGGCUGCUGCCUGGCCAUGGCCCUGCUGCUGCUGCUGUCCCCCGCGGCCCGGGGGCUCCCGUCCCGCCGUCCCGCCGCCCCAGACUCUGCCUGCAAGAACCGGCCCCUAGACCUCGUCUUCAUCAUCGACAGCUCCCGUAGUGUCCGACCUGAGGAGUUUGAGAAAGUGAAAGUCUUUUUGUCAGAAAUGAUCGAUACCUUGGACGUCGGUGAAAGGACAACCCGCGUGGCAGUCCUGAACUACGCCAGCACGGUCAAGGUAGAGUUUCCCCUCCGGACCUACUUUGAUAGAGCAUCUAUGAAGGAGGCUGUAUCUCACAUCGAGCCCUUGUCUGCUGGCACGAUGACCGGCCUCGCCAUCCAAACUGCCAUGGAUGAAGUCUUCACUGAGGAAAUGGGCACCCGGCCAGCAACCUUCAAUAUCCCCAAGGUGGUCAUUGUUGUGACAGAUGGACGACCGCAAGACCAGGUUCAAGACGUGGCAGCGAGCGCCCGGGCAGCUGGCAUCGAGAUCUACGCCGUCGGGGUAGACAGGGCAGACAUGCAGUCCCUGAGGAUAAUGGCCAGCGAGCCACUGGAUGAACACGUCUUUUAUGUGGAGACCUAUGGUGUGAUCGAAAAGCUGACAUCCAAAUUCAGAGAGACUUUCUGUGCUGCGAAUGUGUGUGCGCUUGGGACCCACGACUGUGAGCAGGUCUGUGUGAGUAACGGGGGCUCCUACCUUUGUGACUGCUACGAAGGCUACACUCUCAACCCGGAUAAGAGAACCUGCUCAGCUGUGGACAUGUGUACACCUGGAAGGCACGAGUGUGAUCAGAUCUGUGUGAGUAACAACGGGUCCUACGUCUGUGAGUGCUACGAAGGCUACACCCUGAAUCCAGAUAAGAAGACUUGCUCAGCCAUGGACAUGUGCACACCUGGAAGGCACGACUGUGCACAAGUCUGUCUGAGCAAUGAUGGAUCCUACAGCUGUGACUGCUUUGAAGGCUACGCUCUGAAUCCGGAUAAGAAGACUUGCUCAGCUAUGGACAUGUGUGCACCUGGGAGGCACGACUGCGAGCAAGUCUGUGUGAGAGAUGAUCUCUUCUACACCUGUGACUGCCACCAAGGCUACACCCUGAACCCAGACAAGAAGACUUGCUCAAGAGCCAUAACGAGCAGUCUUAUAACUGAAGAAUCCUGUAAGUGUGAAGCCAUAGCUGCCCUGCAGGACUCAGUGACCUCAAGUCUUGAAGCUCUGUCCACAAAAUAUAUCCUUUUUCUUACAUGACCUUCUGCAUUCAGCUCUUUACCGGUAUUUUAGAAGCAACUGCUUUAAUGGUAGGCAGGGAAGAAACAUACCUCAAAAGAGAAUGUAUUUUCCUGGUAAUUUUAGAAAUGUAUUGGAGCAAAAUCUUGGUUGUUGCAAAUACCAUUAUGUUUCCACAUCCCAUGAAGGGCUUUA